AUGAAGAAGCUGUGUGUUUUCACUAUUUCCUUCUCGCUCCUGAAGUUUUCUCUCAUCUUGUGCAGUUUGACUGAACCCAGUUGCUUUUGGAGGAUAAAGAAUAAUGUAGAUAAUGAUGGAGAUUUGAGAAGUGACUGCGGUUUUGUUCUUUUAACAAUGGACUGGCCUAUAGAAGAAGAUUUUUAUAAUCAUGUUAUCAAUUUUAGAAUACCAGCAAGAAGAUAUGAGGGUUUAUUAGUGAUGUUUUUUGCUACUGAUGAGAUCAACAAGAAUCUUUAUCUUUUACCCAACAUGUCUUUGAUAUUCUCCCGCAUUGUUGGCCUGUGUGAAGACACUUUUGGACUUCUGGAUGAAAGAUAUUCACCACAAAGCAAUGAUUUUAAUUUUAUUAAUUAUAACUGUGGAAUACGGACAAAUUGUGAUAUAGAACUUACAGGACCGUCAUGGAUGACAUCCUUAAAACUGGCAAUUAAUUCUAGGAGACCAAAGGUCUUCUUUGGACCAUUUAAUCCUAACCUGAGUGACCAUGACCAAUUUCCCUAUGUCUAUCAGAUAGCAAUCAAGGACACGUGUUUGUCACAUGGCAUGGUAUCCUUGAUGCUUCAUUUUAGAUGGACUUGGAUUGGACUGGCCAUCUCAAAUGAUGACCAUGGUAUUCAGUUUCUCUCAGACUUGAGAGAAGAAAUGCAAAGGCAUGGGAUCUGUCUAGCAUUUGUGAAUAUGAUCCCAGAAAACAUGCAGAUAUACAUGACAAAGGCUAAGAUAUAUGAUAAACAAAUUAUGGCAUCAUCAGCCAAGGUUGUUAUCAUUUAUGGUGAAAUGAACUCUACAGUAGAAGUUAGCGUUAGAAGAUGGGUAUAUUUAGGUGCUCAGAGAAUCUGGAUCACAACCUCACAAUGGGAUGUCAUCAUAAAUAAAAGAGAUUUCAGCCUUGAUUUCUUUCAUGGGACUGUCACUUUUGAACACCACCACAGUGAGAUUGCUAAAUUAAGGAAUUUUAUUCAAACAAUGAACACUUCCAUGUAUCCAGUAGACAUUUCUCAGACUAUGCUACUGUGGAAUUAUUUUAAUUGUUCAAUGUCUAAGAACAGCAAUAGCAAAAUGGAUCAUUUUAUACUCAACAACACAGAGGAAUGGACAGUACAGCACAAAUUUGACAUGGCCCUGAGUGAAGAAGGUUACAAUUUGUAUAAUGCUGUGUAUGCUGUGGCCCACACCUACCAUGAACUCAUUCUUCAAAAAGUAGAAUCUCAGCAAAUGGCAGGACCCAAAGGAGUGUUCACUGACUGUCAGCAGGUGUCUUCCUUGCUGAAAACCAGGGUAUUUACUAACCCUGUUGGAGAGCUGGUGAACAUGAAUCACAGGGAAAAUCAGUGUGCAGAGUAUGACAUUUUCAACAUUUGGAAUUUUCCACAAGGCCUUGGAUUAAAAGUCAAAAUAGGAAGCUAUUUUCCUUGUUUCCCACAGAGCCAACAACUUCAUAUAUCUGAAGACUUGGAGUGGGCCACAGGAGGAACAUCACCUCAGGUUCCCACCUCCAUGUGUAGUGUGACAUGCACUGCUGGAUUCAGGAAAAUUCAUCAGGAACAAACAGCAGACUGCUGCUUUGAUUGUGCCCAGUGCCCAGAAAAUGAGGUUUCCAAUGAUACAGAUAUGGAGCACUGUGUGAGAUGUCCAGAUGAUAAGUAUGCAAACUUACAGCAAACCCACUGCCUUCAAAGGGCUGUUUCAUUUCUGGCUUAUGAAGAUCCAUUGGGUAUGGCUCUAGGCUGCAUGGCCUUGUCCUUCUCUGUCCUCACAGUUCUAAUGUUAGUCACUUUUAUAAAACACAAUGACACCCCCAUUGUGAAGGCCAAUAACCGCAUUCUCAGCUACAUCCUGCUCAUCUCCCUCAUCUUCUGUUUUCUCUGCUCACUGCUCUUCAUUGGACACCCCAACCAGGCCACCUGCAUCCUGCAGCAGACCAUAUUUGGAGUAUUUUUCACAGUGGCUAUUUCUACCGUGUUGGCCAAAACAAUAACUGUGGUCAUGGCUUUCAAGCUCACUACUCCAGGAAGAAGAAUGAGAGGGAUGCUGGCAUCAGGGGCACCUAACUUGGUCAUUCCCAUUUGUACCCUAAUCCAACUUGUUCUCUGUGGGACCUGGUUGGUAACAUUUCCUCCCUUCAUUGACAGAGAUAUACAAUCUGAACAUGGGAAGACCAUCAUUAUUUGCAACAAAGGCUCUGUCAUCGCCUUCCACUUUGUCCUGGGAUACUUAGGCUCCUUGGCUCUGGGGAGCUUCACUGUGGCUUUUCUUGCUAGAAAUCUUCCUGACAGAUUCAAUGAAGCCAAGUUCCUAACAUUCAGCAUGCUGAUGUUCUGCAGUGUCUGGAUCACCUUCCUCCCUGUCUACCACAGCACUAGGGGGAAGGUCAUGGUGGUUGUGGAGGUUUUUUCCAUCUUGGCUUCUAGUGCAGGGUUGCUAGGGUGUAUCUUUGUCCCAAAAUGUUAUGUUAUUUUAGUUAGACCAGAUUCAAAUUUUGUACAGAAGUACAAAGAUAAAUUGCAUUAUUGA